CCCGAAAGAUAAAAACAUCCAGUCUCAUCACACCACGUGUCCCGCCACUUCCAUCAUCCAUCCUGCGAAAGUGAAACAUUCAAUUCAACGGCCAUUUUAUCAUUUCAUUUCCCACAGCCUUUCAUUUUUGCCCAACACUUUUUGUACCUAACUUCACCACUUCUCUACGCGACUCCGGUACUGUUUCAGUUACUGCACUAAAAUGAGUCGUCCACAAGAACCACACAGGCCUUUCCUCUCAUUUGGAAAUCCAUUCCGAAUGAUAUCACCGAAGGGUUCGUACCUGUCUCCAAAGCUUCUUGCUUUGUUGAAUACUUUUGAGGAGACAUUAGCAGGUAGGAUUAAAAAGCUUAAGCCAGAAGGCAGGGAAGAUGUCCUUCGGUUAUCAUGGAUGAGAUUUGCAAUGGAGACACUGUGUGGAAUUCAUACUGACAUAAAAUCUCUAAUUACAGCCCUUGAACUCCCUGUCUGUGAUUGGGAUGAGAAAUGGAUUGAUGUUUAUUUGGACAAUAGUGUGAAGUUGCUUGAUAUCUGCAUUGCUUUCAGCUCUGAGAUUUCUCGGCUGAAACAGGGCCACCUCUUUCUUCAAUGUGUUUUGCACAAUCUAGGUGGUGCCUCCUCAAAGCAGUUUGUGCGUGCACGUUCAUCACUGGAUGGAUGGAGGCAACAUAUCGCUUCGAAGAAUCCACGACUUGAUAACUGCUUCUGUGUCAUGGAUGGUCUUGUCCAAACGCUGGACCUACCAAAAAUCAAGAACUCUUCUAAGGGAAAGGUUUUGAUGCGAGCGAUGUAUGGAGUUAAGGUGGUCACUCUUUUGGUAUGCAGCAUAUUUGCUGCAACAUUCUCUGGUUCCGCAAAAAGGUUGAUAGACCUAAAGGUUCCUGAGACAUACUUGUGGGCUGAGGCUUUUGCUGAUCUUCAAACUUUUGUAAAUACUGAAAGUAGAAGCAUAUGUUCAAGUGGUAGUGUCACGGUAUUGAAAGAGCUAGAAGCUGUUGAUUCAGGGGUCAAGAAAUUAUACCCCAUCGUGCAAGACGGGGCAGACCCUGUUGAAGCUGAAGUAUUGCAAGACUCGACAUCAGAUUUAGGAGAAUCGUCAGAAAAACUUUCUCAAGGACUGGAUCUGCUUGCAAAGGAGGUGGACAGGUUCUUCCAAAUUGUUCUAACCGGACGUGAUGCUUUGCUCUGUAACCUUAGGAUUGGUGGUAAUAUCUCUGACCAAGUGCGAGCUAACAAAAAUGUAGAAGGCCCUACGGUUAGGUGAAAUGAUAGAUAAAUCAAGCUCCUGUGUACACAAGUGUGUAUCUUUUUUGUAUUCUGUUUCCCGUUUGAAUAUAUAGUAAGGAUGUGUGGCUCUAGAUGCAGUAGAUCUUGUGAGUUGCGCUAUGUCAAUGUUAACGUAAUGGAUGAAUGUUUGAACUCUUAUGUAGUGUUAAUGCAAAUAUAAAUAUAGCUAAAGUUUGCUGCA